UCCUUGAGUCCUCGAAUUCUCGUGGUGCUGCUGGUUGCUGGUGUAGUUGAAGAGGUUCCGCUAUGUUAAACUAGUAAUGGUGAAAUUUCUACACUUUUUAAAAACAAAUGCUUAUUUUAUAAACAAACAUACCUCCCCCCUUGCUUCUACCCUUUCUUUAGUUCAGUCCAAAAGUUUUAGCACCUCCAGAAACAUGUUUAGAUCAGCCGUUUUUAAUCUUCAUGAAGGAAGUAAAGAUCAAGUGCAGGAAUUUUUAAAUUCCUUUGACACAGUUUUAACUGACUGUGACGGUGUUCUGUGGAUCGAAAAUAAUGCAAUACCAGGGUCCGCUGAUGCAAUGAAUUAUUUUCGAAAAAUUGGAAAGAAAAUAUUUUACGUAACUAAUAACUCUACAAAGAUCCGCAGUGAUUUUGCAGCAAAAGCACAGCAGCUGGGAUUUAUUGCUAGUCAGGAUGAAAUACUCUCCACAGCAUACCUAGCAGCACACUACCUCAAAGGUAUAGGAUUUACUAAGAAAGUGUACUUAGUUGGUUCUAAUGGUAUAGGAGAAGAGUUGAAGGCAGUUGGAAUAAGGCAUACAGGAAUUGGACCUGAUCAUGUUAAACCAGAUUUCAAAUCAAUGAAGCCAUCAGACCUAGACCCUGAAGUGGGAGCAGUGGUGGUUGGCUUUGACGAGCAUGUAAGCUAUCCAAAAUUCAUGAAGGCAGCCUCUUACCUCGCGUCCGAGGAUUGCCUGUUCAUCGCAACUAAUACUGAUGAGAGGUUUCCAAAAGGCGGCUCUAUCGUUGUGCCGGGUACGGGCACCAUCGUACGCGCGGUGGAGACGUGCUCGGAGCGGAAGGCGCUCGUGCUCGGUAAGCCCCACGCCUACGUCAGGAAGUUCCUUGAGUCCUGCGGGCUGGAUCCGGCGCGGACGCUCAUGAUUGGCGACAGAUGCAACACAGACAUCGAGCUGGGAGUCCGCUGCGGCUUCCAGACCCUCCUAGUGCUAUCCGGGGUCACAUCUCCUAAAGACUUGGAGAAGAUCCGGAAUGAAAAGAAACCGCCGCUACCCGACGUGGUUCUACCUAAGCUGGGCGACUUGAUGUCACUGCUGCCGUCAUAACAUGAUCAACAAUCUAACAGAUUUUUUAAAUAAAGGAACAAUGAAAAAAAUUGAGCAAUACACGAGCUUGCGACUCUGGGAUACCAGUCUGCCGCCUUAACUUACAGUCCUCGACAAAUACUUCCAUCAUAUCGUUCAUUGUCGUAUGACAAAUCGCAGAUGUGUUUACGCCUUAAGGGGUCGCCAGAAGUAAAUUUUUCCAUUGAUCCUAUAUUUCAGAAAUAGUGAUAUUGUUAACAGACGGCUCUGUUUAGCGCAAUAUUAGUCCAUAUGAUGAUAAUAAUUCUGAAUAUAUGCGAUGAUAAUUAUGAAUUUUGGAAUUUCCUAAAGAUAUUUAUUAGACGGAAGCUGUCUAAGUGUUACUACUCAAACGACGAGUGGUGAUAAGGUCAGAUAAUCUGUUAACCUACUUUCCUGUAAUAUUAAAAAUUCAACAGGCAAAACACAACUUCCAUAUAUUCUUUUUGACUCAAAGGAAUUAUUUUCAUUUAAAGGACUUGACUAGUGUAUUUUAAAUUGGCCUUGUAGUAGUUGCGCCUGACACUAUACGAAUAAAGACAUCGAGUAAGUACUUGUUAUCUACGGCGAUAAAAUCUACUAUUAGAUGAGGACAGAGUUAACGAUCUUAGACAAAUAUUAGUGCAAACUAUAGGUUAACUUUCGUUACGUUGUGAUAACUUAAUAAGCGUUAAUAACAUAAUAGGUAUUUUCAAUAUUGUUUUUUGUGUAUUCAUUUUGUUUGUAAAAAUCUUAGCUUGUCGUUUGUUGGGUUUUUAAAAUUAAUCACGUAUUUUUUUGCAUUUAUUCAAAUAUUGCCAACAUUCGUCGAAAUUGUAGUAGGCCAAUUUGAAUUAAGUAUGUGCCUAUUUUUGAGGUGUCAUUAUUUCUAUACUCUGGCACAGCCACCUUGUCAGUAGAAAAAUACGGCAAAUUUAAAAAAUGCAGGCGUGAAGAGGUGACUUCCGAUACAAAAUAUGAAUUUCGCGCCUUAUUCUGCUGACGAGUUGGGUGUGUUUCAGUAUAAAUGUGUAUGCAACGUUACUGACCUCUUGCCAAGAUUUUUAUAAACAUGUUUUUGUUUUGCUUGCCAUAGACAAUAAUUAUCAUACGUCGGCUUAUGCUCGCCUUACUUAGUAGAAUCGGGAUUAUUAGCCUAUAAUUUGUUCAAAGGGUGGUCGUGGUUUCAAUUUCGUUUGAUACUGGAAUACCAAAUGAAUGAAAUUAUCGGUUCGCCUUUUAUUUUGUAAACGCACAUAUCGACGAGUUGAAACUACUCCACCAGAGUACUUAGAAACACGAAAUAAUGCAAUUUUGUCCCAUAUGGACUUUAACGAAACUUAGGUAACUCUGCGGUUGUAUUUUAUAUUGUAGUCAUCGCUACAUAAUUGUAAUUAUGUAUCAGUUUAAAUGGUGAUGAGCUGUGUUCAAAAUAUUUAUAUAGAAAUAGGGUUCCCACUUCCCGCCCCUUUUUAAUAAAAGAGACCGAUUUACAGUAUUACUGAUCCCAGUCCCAAAAAAGGCUGCUAAAUGACAGAUGUGCAAACGCCGAAGAAGUCAUCAUUAAACUUUAAUGUUUUUACUAGAUGGCGCUAUUAUUAACAGGAAUGUCAGCCAUACUCUUGCUGACCAUCGGUGUAAAUCACAUCUUAGUAAUAAUUAUUAUGGUGUUGAUGAUAAGUUUCACAAGAUCAUCACAAAAUAGGCCAUUGAGUUACCGUCAUCUAGUAAAGCUGCUACUUUCACGGCAUAUUUAGCUGACUUUGCAUGUCUGUAUAAGUUCAGUUGUCUCUAAUAAGUACUAGAGUUAUUUCCAGCAAUAGUAUUGAGAUCUUGUUGCUAAUAAUAUAUAAUAUUUUUAUUUAUGUCUUUAACUGUAUGACAGUUCUUUAUUUAUUAUCUUGGGAUUCUAUUAGAAUUAUCAUUUAUACCUGUUAGGUACUUAUACUUAUACCUAUUUUAUUAUGAAUUAAUUGAAAUACUUAAUAGCCCAUUUGCUACUAUUUUAUUGAUUUGAUAUUUAGUGUCCCAAACCAUAAUCAGUUUUAAAUGUCAUACCUACUAAAGCUUUAAGGCGAAUGACAUGUGGUAUGUUAUUGUAAGCCACCGUGGAACCUUCUUCUAUAAACUUCUUAUAGUAUACCUAACAUCGAAUCGAUUACACGGGAACAUUGAUAUAUGCUACAUUGUAGGGAUUGGGUACUUCUACGAUGCUUAUUAAGGACAAUGAUUCAUUGAUUGUGUAUACAAUGUGUAAAGUUUUAAGAAAAACCAUGCCCAGAGUUUGACAGCUGAAAAAGAUAGCGCUGUACGGCGUC